AUGCUUCAACGUCUUCUGGGCAGUGGCUACUCCCAUGCGGAUAUCUCGUACUUUGAGGGCUGUCUGGUUGCAGCGGGCUGGGAUGAGGAGCUCGGUGUAAACUCCGUUUCCUGUAUAGAGUCACUUCCGCGGGGAUGUGGUGGACGGUGGAGGAGUUGCUGCAAAAAUCGGGUCACGGUGUGGCAUGCUUUGCAGUGCAGCGAGGUCUGGGAUGGUGCUUUCCGCGAUGAAGAGCUCAUGGAUGAUUUUCUGGAGUCGGUCGUUUCUCGUCUAGGACGUGACGGGGCGAGGAUCUGGGAAGACGUUCGGCAAAGUUAG